AUGACCGAACUCUUGAGAAGUGUUGUCACCGUCAUUGAUGUUUUCUACAAAUACACCAACCAAGAUGGGGAAUGUGGCACACUGAGCAAGGAUGAGCUAAAGGAACUUCUGGAGAAAGAGUUUCGGCCAAUUCUGAAGAACCCAGAUGAUCCAGACACAGUGGAAGUCAUCAUGCAUAUGCUGGAUCGAGAUCAUGACCGAAGACUGGACUUUACUGAGUUUCUUCUGAUGGUAUUCAAGCUGGCUAUGGCCUGCAACAAGGUUCUCAGCAAAGAAUAUUGCAAAGCUUCAGGGUCAAAGAAGCGUAGUGGUGACAAGCACCAAAAAGAAGGAAGUGAAACAGAAGAAGAUGAGGAGGAUAUAUCAGGACAGAAAUCAGGUCACAGAAAUCCAAGUUGGAGUGAGGAAGAAGAGCACAGUUAUCAUUCUGAGGGUUCGAAGGGAACUGCGAAACAUAGACAUGGAUCCCAUUCCAGGAAGCUGAGGAGGCAAGAUUUCUUUAGCUCAGGGAGCCAAGAGGGAUUUGAGAAAAGGCACCAUGAGUCUGGCUCUGGUCACUCAUGGAGUAGUGGCAAAGAAAGACAUGGGUCCAGCUCUGGAGAGCUAGAGGAAAGAAGAAACAAUUCUCAUGUUAGCCCUUCUAGGGAAUCUGGGGAGGAAUAUGAAUCUGGAUCUGAAUCUGGAUCUGGAUCUAAGAGUGGAGGAAGAAAAGGUCAUGGUGGUCUGUUAAGUGGAUUAGAGGCUAGUGGGCAUGAAUCAAACUCUACUUGGUCACAGAGUGGAGGACAAACGCUUGCAUCUAAUUCUAUAGGUUUAGGAGGCAGUGGAAGACAAAGCUAUGCAUGUGGUUUCAGCAAUUCAAGUGGGUGUGGAGGAACACAGAAUGCUUCUAGCUCCUGUCAGGCAGGCACAUAUGGAGGUCAAGGAAAUAAAUCUAGAUGUACUCAGUCGCAUUGUCAAUCAAGAAAUAGUGGAGGACAUGGUCAUAGAUGUAUCUCAGGAGGUCAGUCCUCUGGAUAUGCUCAGUGUAGGCCUAGAUCCUGUAGCCAAUCUUCUUGUCAUAGAAGAAGACAUAGAUCCAGUCAGUCCUCUGGCCAUGGCCAACAAGGAUGUGGCUCAGGUCAGUCCUCAGGAUUUGGACAACACGGAUCUGGCUCAGGUCAGUCCUCAGGCAUUGGACAACAUGAAUCUGGCUCAGGUCAGUCCUCAGGCUUUGGACAACAAGGAUCUGGCUCAGGUCAGUCCUCAAGCUUCGGACAACAUGGAUCUGGCUCAGGUCAGUCUUCUGGCCAUGGACAACACAGAUCUGGCUCAGGCCAGUCCUCAGGCUUUGGACAACACGGAUCCAGCUCAGGUCAGUCUUCUGGUUAUGGCCAACAUGGGUCUAGCUCAGGUCAGUCAUCUAGUUCUGGACAACAUGGGUCUGGUUCAGGUCAGUCCUCAGGCUUUGGACAACAUGGGUCUAGCUCAGGCCAGUCCUCAGGCUUUGGAAAACAUGGGUCUGGCUCAGGUCAGUCUUCAGGAAUUGGACAACAUGGGUCUAGCUCAGGUCAGUCCUCUGGCCAUGGCCAACAUGGAUCUGGCUCAGGUCAGUCAUCUAGCUCUGGACAACAUGGGUCUGGCUCAACUAAAUCCUCAGGCUUUGGACAACAUGGGUCUAGCUCAGGCCAGUCCUCAGGCUUUGGAAAACACGGAUCUGGCUCAGUCAUCUAG